CUCCUGCGAAACGCAACCGCGUGAUGGACAGCAAGAGAGUGACCUUUGACCCGCUGGUGCAGGAGACGCAGUUUGGCACAAUGAACGGGGACGCGGCUGCGAUUUCACAAAAGCCCGUGACACUGAAGGAGGCCGCUGAUAUCGUGGUCCGAUGCCUGGAUCCAUUCUACAAAAAGGGCAAAUUCGCAACCAAGGAUUUGUUCAAAUCCUUUGCCCGUUUCCUCUCCCAUCUUCUCACUGAGGGAAAAACUCAAAAUCGAGGCCAAGUGAAGACGGAAGCGAAGAGCUUCAUCAAGGGUUUCUUCAGCAGGAUCCAGCGCUGUGAGAGCGAGGCGGACUGGAGACACUUCAAAGUCCAGGAGAGAUAGCGAUCUCCGUCUUUCUAUCCCUUCAUCCAAACCUCUGGGGAUCCUCCGCUCCCUUUCAUGCCCGAGAUGCCGCAUAUUUAGCAGCUGCUGCUGUAUAUCUCAGGUGUAUCGCGAGGGCCUAAGCAUACAUUGCACAUGAAUAUAAACUGAUGAAAAGUGCCGUUUUAUGUUGGAAAUCUGAACAAGCAACAGACCGCAAUAACUGUAAUGUAGCAUUAGUUGCUUAUAAUGCACUCAAAGUGGUGUGAACUGUAUUGAAAACUCCAUUAAAAGUGCACAAAUGGAGAA